AUGCAGUGGAAUGAAUCCACCGACCAUACUAAUGGCUCGGCCCUCGAAGUAAUUUUUGGGGGGAUUAACCGAGCUCGCGCACCUUCCGCCGGGGUUCGGGAGGCUCGCGAAUUUGAGGCGCCUGAAUCUGAGAAACUCGGAUUUCGCGGGCUAGGUCAUCCAGAUUUAUCGGGCUUAACGAGGUUAGUGGUUAUAGAUCUUUCACUGCAAUUUACUCGUCGAUUGGAAAAUUUGAUUCGAAAUUUUACGGGGUUGAGAGAGCUCGUCCUCCACAGGGUGAAUGUUUAUGAGCAAGGGCGUGUUUGGUGCAGUGCUAUUUCAUCUUCCUUGCAAUCUGAGCUUAGCAAUUUCUUACUAACGAGCCCUUUCAAUCCGUCUUUGGUUAAGCUUAGACACAUGAUGAGGAUUGGUAUCCAGAAUAAUUUUAUGAUGAAGUCUAAAGGAGUGACCAUGAUGGCUUUACUAGCCCAGGCAACCGCCCUUGCUUUGGUCGAACAUCCAGUUAAGAACUCUAGCUAUAGA